AUGUCUGACAAGGACCAGAUAGCCGCCAGAGCUUCCCUGAUCGAGCAGCUCAUGGCUAAAGGGAAUUUUGAGGAUCUUGGCACCCCGCUGACUGAGCUACAAACAGUUCACAUGACCAAGGAGCACCUCCAGGAGACACAUGUGGUCAGGGCUGUGUACAGAGUCCUCAAAAGCUGCCCCUCGACGGCCUGGAAGAAGAAAGCCAAGUGUCUGCUGGCGGAAUGGAAAGCGCUUUACAAACCACGGCGUAGCCCCAAACUGUUGUGUCCAGAGGGAAAUAAAGAGGAGAAUUCAGCACUUUCUCCAGAGCCCAGGCAGGAGGGGCUGCAGGGCGUCUCCUGUUCUGAUUGUCUGCCGUCAGCCCAGCCAGUUGCUCUGGCCAAAGCUGUUGAGACAGUCACGCCUGGUAACAGUCUUGGCCAAAGGCAGCCUAAGCUAGAGCAGCCACAGGCUGGUGAGUCCCUGUCCAUGGACCAGGAAGGUAGUGAGUUGCCGGACCUCACAGUGGCUGUGAGAACUAAAUGCACAGACCUUCUCUAUACGGCGUUAGCAAGUUCUUCGGCAGUCCAGCCCCCGGCUGCCGGGUGGCACCCCUUCGCGCAAGAAAUCGAAGAGCACAUUUUCUCCCGGCAUUCGAAGAACCUCCGAAAGUAUAAAGCUUGCAUCCGAAGCAAAGUGGCCAAUCUGAAGAACCCCAAGAACUCGCACUUACAGCGCAACCUGCUCUCUGGGACGACGUCUCCCAAAGCGUUCGCCGACAUGAGCAGCCUGGAGAUGGCACACCAGGAGCUGCAGCAGCUGCGUGCCUCCUACACCGAGGCCGGCAUCCAGGAGCAUGCCCUGCCCCAAGUCGGGGCGGGCACCCAGACCGGGAAGAUCAAAUGCCGGCGCUGCGAGCAGUUCAACUGCAAGGUCACUGUGAUAGCCCGAGGGGCACUCUUCCUUCCCAGCUGGGUGCGGAAUGCCAACCCCGAUGAAGAAAUGAUGACCUAUGUCAUCUGCAAUGAAUGCGGGGAGCAGUGGUAUCAUAGCAAGUGGGUGUGCUUGUGAGCGAAGGUGCUCUUGGCCGCAGGGAACCAGGCUGACCACUUGCAUGUCU